GCGCCAUUUUUUCCUCAAUAGGAGGAAGAAAGGGACAAAAGCUGAGCGUAAAAUAACUCACCUCUGGAGGCGGUUCAGCAGACAUUAUCUGUCUUAUUUCACCAUAUAGUUCAUACAAGGCGGUGUGUGUGGACAGAGGAUGCUGCUCGGGUGAGUUUCUGGAGGUGGUAACAGACGCAGCUCACCGACACACACACAGACAGUGGAGGGCCGGUGGAAGUGGAUAACCGUUGGCCCAACCGUUGGAGACACAGCGACGACUAACGACGAUCUACACCGAAGAUUAACCGAGGCUUGUGAGGAACGAUGUAUCAAUAUCCAGUUGGAAAUAUUGAGAAGAUCCGAAAAGCCCGCAAGGCGGUGAAAAACAUCCUAGGUGAGAUCGGCCUGGAAGACUGCCAAAACCUGUUGAAGGAUCUCAAUGAAAAGUCUGAGAAAAACUCAGAUGAAGAAGAGGUCUUUCAGGAAACUGAGUGGGUUGAUAUCACAGACGGAUACAAUGUCAAACGACGGAAAAAGUGGCCCUAUCGGUCUCGAGCUCUGUGCUGUACCAUGUGCAAGUACUCUUCGCAAAACAUCUACAACUUCAGGAACCACGUCUCUCGCUGCCAUGGAUAUGUGCAGGCAUACUGUAAGCUGGUACCCUGCUCGAAGUGCGUCUACAUCGGACACCCCAAGUUUCUCAAGAAGCACAUGCUGUUCUUCCACGCCACCUAUAUACAACCGCAGAGGGACGAGCCCCUGCCCUCCCAUCGUGGAAACGAGCGCUAUCAGUGUCGGAAAUGUGGAUUUCCAGCCUCCUCUAUCUUUUCGAUGAAGAAGCACAUCAUUCUCAAGCACCUGACCACUUUGGCAGAACAGUAUAUCGGUUACAGAUUACUCCCCCAAGGGACUACGUCUAUAAAGUACUACUGCUGCAAGGUGUGCAAGGUGAACACUGGAAACCUAGACCAAAUGUUGCAUCACAUGCUGGUUGAGCCGUCGCACUAUUCAGUCAGCACGCAAGUACAGGGUAUGAUUUAUGAGAACAAGAACUUCAUCAUUAAAGCAACACCCAAUGGGAAUGGCAUGUUUGUCACAUUCCCGAGCAUUGCUCCGAAACCACAGCAACCUCAAAUGUUCAACAGUAAGUCCUUGGUUUUACCAAGUAACGGCCAACCUGCUGGGACUGUGGUGCAAUUACAGCAGUUACAGCAGUUACAGCAGUUACAAGGAACUACAAACAGUACUACUCUGAUCUGUGCCCCAGGAACCAACCAGGCUUUUUUGCCGCCUCAAGCGUCGGCGCUAGUGCAGCUAGCUAGCGCUGAAGCUAAAGGUUUGCUCCAGCCUGGUGCCACGAUAUCCCUCCGAGGUGCUUUGCCCCAAGGAUCAGGAUCUAUGGUCCAUCUUCCCACAAUGUCUAAAGUGUCUCUGAAACCGGCACCUGUGGCUCUCGCUCCUGCUCCCGCUCAUCCACAACACACUCCACAUUCGCAGCAAAUCUUUCUCCCAUCAGGACUGCAGGCCCACAUGGCAGCUGGAACCAGAGCUGUGUCUAAGCCCGCUGUGGAUACACAAAAGGCACCAAACAAACAAAUCACCCUACAAGGCACCAUGCUGACUUCACAGUCCCUGCUGAGCCACCUUAUCCCGACUGGCAACAAGAUGAAUGGCAUGCCCACGUACACUUUUGCUCCGCUGCAAGUAGCAAUGCCCGGCUCUCAGAGCACAAGUACCCCUCUCAAGGCUGUCGAGCAAACGAGGAAUUCCACGCCACAAACUAAGAAAUGGGUUACCUGCCCGCUCUGCAAUGAACUUUUCCCUUCCAGUGUCUUCGACGUGCACACAGAGGUUGCUCACCAGAUGGUAUCCAACACAUCCAAGUCAGAAAGUGUGGCGGCACGAGCAGCAUUCUUGAAGAAAAUGCCCGACAAAACUGUCAAAUGUCUAACGUGCAAAAUUCUGCUAUCAGAAAAAAGCGUCUUCCAACACCUGCUGCACGGCCUGAAUUGUUUGUACUGCUCGGCCUUGUUCUUUUCAAUCAGACAGCUCGUUGAGCAUAUAAAGCAGCACAAUCCAACGAGCAAGACAUACUGUGAUUUUCUGAGGCAGAAGUACAGGGUCUACUCUAAAGGCGUUGGAGGAAUCCUGUUCCCUUACUUUGAUGUCCACACCACCGCACCAAAAGAGGUCCUGGGAGACACCGAGGUCAAUCUUGCCCUGGUCACAAGUUCCCUCGACCUGAUCUUCUUUAAGUUGCAGCCCACCAGCCAGCCAGAAAUCUGCACGGCACCUACAAAAAUCAACAGUGCUUACUGUCCGUUCUGUGACGAAAAGUUUCAGAAUGAAACCAAACACCUUCAGCACCUGAGGCAAAAACACUUGGUAGCACCCACCAUUCAUGCCAUCCUCAAGACCGAGGCUUUCAAGUGCAUAUACUGUAAUGGCGUGUACACAGGAAAGGUCACCCAGCAAGCGGUGAUGCUCCACAUUCAGCGAUGCCGGUGUUCACCGAAACCACCACAGCCACCCAAAAUCACGGUAGCACCACCGCAGCUACCGAAACCACCUCAGCAGCUCAGUCAGCCACUCUACUUCCUCCAGAUGCCACAAGGACUGACUAUGAGAAAACCUAUAGCUCCAGCUCGUGUGAUUCCAGCUGCGCCCACCGCACAGCGUCCAGAGACCGAGGCAGAGAUGCAGUCCAAGAAGAGGCUGGAGACCGCGUGGAGGGAGGUCAUGGAGGCCAACAAACGAGAGCGAGAACAAAAGGCGAUCAUCCGCAAGAAGCGAGAGCAGGAAAAGUUGCUGCCCCCGCCAGAGCCCGUGGUUCAGAUCGAUCCCACAGUGAAGCUGGUGCUGGAGCCCACCCCGGUGGAGCGCCGCUGCGGCGAGGAGCGCAAAGACUUCAUAUCCAAGUACUUCAACCUGAACCCCUAUGCGACCAAAACCGAGACCGAUGAGCUGUGCAGGAGGCUGACCUUCACCAAAGCGGAGUUGGCGGCCCACUUCAGCAAGAAGCGCAGCAAGUGCAUGAAGAGUCUGAAGAGGAACACGGCCGCCAUUUUCCUCGGCUUCAACAUGACAGAACUGAGCAAAGUCAAGCACAAUCUCAUAAUCCCCGAACAGCAGCCUGUCGACACCGCAGAGCAGCCACCCAGUGAUUCAACAGAGCAGCCGCCCGCCCAUACCGCAGAGCAGCCGCCCGCCCAUACCGCAGAGCAGCCGCUCGCCGAUACCACAGAGCAGCCGCUCGCCGAUACCACAAAGCAGCCGCCCGCCGAUACCACAGAGCAGCAGGUUGCCAAUACCACAGAGCGGCCGCACGCUGAUUCAACAGAGCAGCCUCUUGUUGAUACCACAAAGCAGCCGACCGCUGAUUCAACAGAGCAGAUGGAAAACAGUGUGGAUGGACCAGAACCGAUGGAUGACAGUGGAAAUGAGAAAGUUGCGGAUGGGGAACAGGUGGAGCAGAUGGAAUAAGUUAUGAAAUGUGUGAAAAUGGAACAAAUGCUGACGCCCCGAAUUAAAAUGAUGGCCUUUUGUGUUGACAGUCACUAGAGAAGUUCAUCAUGCAGUGCAUACAAUGUAUUACCUAACAUACAAGUUACCUGUAAGUGAGGGCCGUCUCCUAAUGCAGGCCACAUUAAUAGUGCUUUGUUUGACCUCAGUAUGUUGUCAGUGGUCCAUAUCCUAAUUUCCACAUAAACACGAAGAUAAUGAAGAUACAGAUGUGUUGUAUGUGAGAUAUAAUGGUGUCAGACUGUUGAGCUGCAACAGUAUUUAGCUGGUUACAAUUUCUCAUUCAACAAUGGCUACUGACUUCGACUCAAGCACUGAUUGGCUCCUGGUAGCUGCUUUUUUUUUGCACCCCUUUAUUUAAGCCCAUUUGUAAUUGUGAUUCCUCUAUCAUAGCUUGUCUGUUAAUAUCAAGUUAACUUAAGUACAUACUUAUACAUAGACUUGGUUUAUCAUUAUAUUAUGCUUUUCCUUUUAUAACUUUUGUUUUUUUACAUAUAUGGACCUGUGUGUGUCAUGUGCAUAGCUUGUUUUAUUUGUCUUUCAGAUUGUUCCCUCCUCUACUUUUAAAACAGAUUAAGGGGGACAUAUUUCUUGCUCACCAAGGUGAAUGUUCAUCUUGCAGUUUUGAAGCCAAAUUCUUAAGAAUGUAUGAACAUUUGAGUUGUCAGUUUGCUGAAUUCUCAGUUAAGGAACUCUUGGUUAUUAUUAUUAUUACACAUCGCUGACCAUGUUGCUUGCAUGAGCCUUUGUUUUAUUGUCAGAUGAAAUUAUGAUUUGUGCCAUUGUGAAGUUUGCAUAGACUUGUGGAAAUUUACCUAGAGAUUCAACAACAUAAUAUAAACCAAGUUAUUGGGUGUUCAAAACAUAUAUCUUCUGUUCUCCUGACAGCUGUUUUUUUUGUACUACACUUGUAUUUUCUAUAAUUCCUAGAAGAUCGAAAAACGUUGGGAGAGGUACAAUUUAUCAUUCUGUCCAAGGCCACUGUGUUGUAACAAAUAAAGUGGUUUCCUUUUCCGUAAAUGAUUCUAUCAUUUUUAUUUUUCAUUUCGUAAUAAAAAACUAUCAUUUUAAAUCAA